AGUCCGAGUCUGUGAGAGAGAGAGAGAGAGAGAGUAGAGUGUUGUGUGUGUGUGGGAUAAAAAAUGGAAGCAUCUGAGUGAGCGUGUCUGGGGAGUGAGGACAGAGAAGAAGACAGUGAGCUGCGCGUGAUCUUCACUCUGGUUGUACUUGAAAACAAGAGUUUGUGAUCACUGAUCAUCCUUUUACUUAAAAGUGGAUUAAAAUAUAUGUAACCAUAUUGAAGAUAUAUGAUAUCUGGGAUUAUCAGUAUAUUGGAGUAAAUGUCGUUCCGAAGUAUAGUUCGUGAUGUAAGGGACGGAUUAGGAAGCUUAUCAAGAAGAAGUUUUGAGGUGAGGCUGCCCAGUCAUCACAGGGGGAAAUCACAUGGCUCGGUCCAUGAGUUGCAUGAUCAGCCUUUGAUAAUCCAGAACAGCCAUUGGGCUAGCCUCCCACCUGAGCUUUUGCGUGAUGUGAUCAAAAGAUUGGAAGCAAGUGAGAAUACAUGGCCUGCUCGGAAGCAUGUUGUUGCAUGUGCUGCUGUCUGCAGGUCCUGGAGGGAAAUGUGCCAAGAAAUUGUCAAAAAUCCUGAAUUCUCGGGGAAGAUUACCUUCCCUGUCUCCCUAAAGCAGCCAGGGCCUAGGGAUGGAAUCAUUCAAUGCUUCAUUAAGAGGGACAAAUCAAAUUUAACUUACCACCUUUUCCUUUGUCUUAGCCCUGCUUUGCUUGUUGAAAACGGAAAGUUUCUUCUCUCUGCGAGACGGACCCGGCGAACAACUUGCACAGAGUAUGUGAUUUCCAUGGAUGCCGAUAACAUUUCAAAAUCAAGCAGCACUUACAUUGGUAAACUGAGGUCAAAUUUUCUGGGCACCAAAUUCAUAGUUUAUGAUACACAGCCUCCCUACCACAAUGGGCAGUUGUCCCCUCCUGGCCGAAGCCGUAGGUUCUAUUCAAAAAAAGUUUCUCCAAAGGUCCCCACCGGCAGCUACAAUAUUGCUCAGGUAAUAUAUGAGCUCAAUGUGCUAGGCACUAGGGGUCCACGCAGGAUGCAAUGCACAAUGCACUCAAUCCCUGCCUCAGCACUUGAGCCAGGUGGCAGUGUUCCUGGCCAACCUGAGCUCCUCCCUCGGUCCCUCGAAGACUCAUUUCGGAGUAUUUCCUUUUCAAAAUCAAUUGACAACUCGACUGAGUUUAGCAGCUCUAGGUUCUCUGAUAUUAUUGGGUCCCGUGAUGAAGAUGAGGGAAAGGAGAGACUCUUGGUUCUCCGAAACAAGGCACCAAGAUGGCAUGAACAGUUGCAGUGUUGGUGUCUCAACUUCCGUGGCAGGGUGACAGUUGCCUCUGUUAAGAACUUUCAGCUGAUUGCUGCAACACACCCUGCUGCUGGUGCACCAACACAAACACAGCCUGCACCAGCACCAACACUAGCACCAUCACAACCAACUCAAUCCGAUCAUGAUAAGAUAAUUCUGCAGUUUGGUAAGGUUGGCAAGGAUAUGUUUACCAUGGAUUACCGAUAUCCUGUGUCUGCAUUUCAGGCUUUUGCCAUUUGCUUGAGCAGCUUUGACACUAAGUUGGCAUGUGAAUAGAAGACACAAUUUGUUGAGAAAUAGAAAUUCUAGAUGGUAAUCUCUUUCAUCUUUUUUAGGGUUUUAUAGGAUGGGGGUGUUUGUAUGCAGUCGUAUUAUUCAAUGCCCUCGAAGAAGUGCAGAACAAUACUCAUUCACACUGGACGAUCUUUUGUUUUCUCCCCCGCUUUUUCCCUUUCUUUCAUCCAUGUUUGUUUGCUUCCUGUGGUUCCAUUGUCUGUCUUUUGUUAUUAAAACUAAGUUUCUCAUACAGUCAUGACAGUUGUUUAAUCUUUGUUAGGUUCCUAUCUUAUGGUUGAUGGUUGUA